AUCUCUCUGGGAGUGAGCAGAGCAGUGGUGGGUGCGAUUAUUCAGAUAAGAAUUAAAUGGACAACAAAUUGUUACCUAUGAUUGUUUAGCGACAAAUAAUAAAGGUAAGGAAUUGGUGGAAGUCGUGAAAAUGACAAGCGCUGAAAGUGGCGGCGCUUUGCAAAGCUCUAUUGACCGAUCCCGGACUCAUAACCAAGAAAAACAGAAAUUUGAAGGGAUUAUAGUGAAAAGUGCUGUACCAAAAUAUCGACAGGAUCUGCUCAAGUGGAAUGGUUGGGGUUACAAGGAUUCUAGCUUCGAAGUACAGGAAGAACCUGAGAUCAAAGUAUGGUUCAGCGGAGAUAGAUACCCCAUAGCAGGUAAAGUCCUCCCCCACUUCAAAAAAUGGGUCAAAGAAACCUUCGACGUAGUGCUCGAGAAUCCCCAUACUGCCCAAGACGUCCUGACGGAGGACCAAUACCCCAAACCCAUCAUCACCGAAGAGCAUCUCCAAGACAUCGCCAACCUUAACAUCUCCUACUCCCUGGAAGGCAUCGACAGGCUGAUCAGAGCCCAUGGGCAGACUCUGAACGACAUCUACACUCUCAGAUACGGCAUGUUCAAACGAAUCCCAGACAUAGUGCUCUGGCCCAGAUGUCACGAAGAUGUGGUCCGCAUUGUCCAGUUGGCCAGCAGGUUGGACCUGGUGGUGCUAGUGUUCGGGGGUGGGACUGCCGUUUCCGGUGCCGUUGAGUGUCCGGCGGACGAGCGUAGGACAAUAAUCUCGUUGGACACUUCCCAGAUGAACAGGAUCAUGUGGGUGGACAAGGACAACCUGGUGGCUUGCUUCGAGAGCGGUAUCGUGGGGCAGGAUCUGGAGAGAGAGCUGAGGGUAUUGGGGUACACCACGGGCCACGAGCCGGAUAGUUACGAGUUCUCGAGUCUGGGUGGCUGGGUGGCCACUAGAGCUUCUGGUAUGAAGAAAAAUGUAUACGGCAACAUCGAAGACCUCCUAGUACACGCUCGGAUGGUUACACCCAAGGGCGUCCUCGAGAAGAACGGCCAAGUACCACGCAUGAGCUGCGGUCCAGACUUCCACCACGUUGUCCUAGGCUCAGAAGGCACCCUUGGAGUCAUCACUGAGGUGAUCUUGAAAAUCCGCCCACUACCGAAAUGCAAAAAAUACGGGUCAGUUGUCUUCCCCAACUUCGAAAUGGGCGUGAGGACCAUGAGAGAAGUCGCUAAGCGACGUUGCCAGCCUGCUUCCAUAAGACUGAUGGACAACGAACAGUUCCAGUUCGGACUCAUACUGAAGCCAGAUGCUGGACGAUUCCACGCUUUCUUAGACAUCUUCAAGAAAUUUUACAUCACGAAGAUCAAGGGUUACGGGUUCAACACCCUGUGUGUCAUGACUUUGUUGUUCGAGGGAGAGGAGGAUGAGGUGAAGGAUCAGGAGAAGAAGGUUUAUGGUAUUGCUAGUCAGUUUGGUGGGUUUCCUGCUGGUGAGAGUAACGGAGAGAGGGGAUACACUCUAACCUUUGUGAUAGCAUACCUUAGGGACAUAGCCCUCAAAUAUAGAAUAGUAGCCGAAUCCUUCGAAACUUCAGUUCCUUGGGACCGUGUUCUCUGCCUGUGCUCGAAUGUCAAACGAAAAAUAUCAGACGAAUGUCAAAAACGUUCCAUACGCUACUUUUUAGUGAGUUGUCGCGUCACACAGACUUACGACGCAGGUUGUGUAGUUUACUUUUACUUUGGCUUCAAUCACAGAGACAUAUCUGAUCCCAUACACACGUUUCACGAGAUAGAAUGUGCAGCUAGAGAUGAAAUAAUCGCCAAUGGAGGUAGCAUCUCCCACCACCAUGGGGUUGGUAAAUUGAGGCAGAAAUGGUACCCCGAUACAGUGUCCCAAGUAGGUGUUGGUCUUUUCAACGCCACCAAAAAAGAAUUGGACCCUCAGAACAUAUUUGCAACAAAUAAUUUGAUCAAGUCCAAGUUAUGAAGGAUUCCAGAAUUGCCUUAAGCUUUCAGUUGAUCUGCUAGAAGCAGUGAUAUAGCUGUAUAUGGGAUGUGGUGAUGAGAAUGUUUUUAGAAUAAUUUAAUUUUGACAGUACCCAGUGUGUCAAAUCAGUAACGUUAGCUGAUGUUACGUUUAAUGUGUUUCAUUUUUACGCAUUUUGUGUGUACGUUUUUUUAUUUUUUUUUCCAUGUUCUUCCUCAGAUCCAAAGAUUUAAAGCAGUGUUUUUAUUAUUGUUGUUAUUUUUUUAAUCAUUUAUAUCGAUUAUUGUUGUGAGAAUUGUCCGACGUAAAUGCAAACUGUGUUAUUUUUUUUUAAUGUAUCAACUUUUAUAUGGAAUCCUUUCUAGUCUCGAAAUGUAGUUACCGAAUUUUCGCCAAAUAAAGUUUUUAGUUUUUAA